UGGGUGGGUUGUUAAGGACUUCUCUCUCCACUGAGCCAUCCAUCUUUGAGAGUAAUAGUGCAAAUAGACUUAUCUGAUCUGGCCAAUUUAAAAAAUCUUCAGAGGAAAAAUCUGUGGCACUAUAGUUACGACGUUUGCUGCUGUUAGUGUUUGGAGAAGCAGCAGGUGAACUGUAAAUAGGACCAUGAUGAGGCUGAGAAUGACUCUUUUUUUGGGCCUGGGUUUUCUUCUGGUCCAUGUCAAAGGUCAAGGUGAUUUUGAUUUAUCCGAUGCUCUUGAUCAUCCAGGGGAAACAAUUACUAAGAAGCCUCCACCGGCUACCAAAAGGCCAAUGUUUGAUGAUCAUCCAAAACCUCACCCACGUCCUCCUCACAAGCCGCAGCCGGGAAGCUAUGGCAAUGAUGGCGACAGGUUCAGUGACUUAGAUCUCAAUGAUGGGAAACCUCUACCCCCAAGGCCCGCAGGAGAAAAGGAGAGUAAUGUCAAUCAUGGUGGAAACACUGAUUCUGGAGUAGUUGCUGGAGUUACGUCACCUGUGAUUUCUGUGCUUGUGCUGUUAAUUGUUGGAACAGUAGCUGGUUACACAGCUUACAAGAAGAAGCAACUCUGUUUUAAAGCUAAUGGUGGGACAACUGUGUAAGCUGGCAAGAGAGGAACUGCCCAGUGAAAAUGAAUAUUUUCUGCACAACACUGGAC